AUGGUCCUCCGCGUAUUCGCCGAGGCGUGGAAGAGUGCGAGAUGGCGAAGAGCUGAACGACUGUUUCUCCGCUUGUGGGACCUCGCAAAGGACAACUGUAAUGAUAGCUUGACGCAGAUCUUCCGGCAUGAGAUUGGCGACAUCCAGUUCCACCGAAAGUUCCAGGAUGAAGAGUCUGCACGAGGUUCCGACAUCAAACGACGAACGCAAGCAGCUCUUAUGAUUGAGAAAAUCUUCAAAGCUGAACUCUUCGAGCUCGUCGAGGAGGACUUGAUGACAUUGUGUACUGGGACGAACCUUGUGGGAGUCUACUUUCGACAGGGUCGGGAAGAUAACGCAUCAGCUCUGUCGUCAAGAUUGCUGGAGGUGCAAACGAGGCUCUUGGGCCCUAAGCACCCACAGACACUUAUGUGUACUCUUCAUGCCGUCCGCUGGGGAUCGGAAAGAGCUUUACUCAGGGAGAACAUCGCAACCCAGAGCCGUGUGUGGGCUACAGCGACGACAGAGUUGGGGAGCAACCACCCAGUCACGAUCGCCGCCAUGAAACAUUUGGCAGGCACUUGCAGCAAGCUAGAGCUGUGGCCGGACGCACACGAUCUCUACUCCGACGUGAUUCAGAUCCAGGUGGAGGUGCCAGGACAGACACAUCCCGAUACACUGGCGGACAUGAGCAAACUUGUCACAGUGUACGAAGCUCAAGGACUCGCUCAGGAAGCUGAAAGCCUAAGCGCGAAGGUUGAUGCCUUGUCGAACGACGUUCUCGAGAUGGACGACCUCGAAGAAGGAACCGGACAGCUGUACCUCUUCGACCAACAUAUGGAGUCGUCUGUGGAAGGCAAGUGCGACUGGGAAACGAUCUUUUCGGGCCGAUGGAACCAGAAUGAACCGCCGGAGGAGGCGCCUCGCUCUCAACCAUCCGCCUUUUACGGGAGAUCAUGGCAAGAUGAAGACCAAGGCUCGAAUGCUAGUGGAAGCAGUUCAUCCCAAAUGUCUCGCUAUGGGCCUUUGGACGAGGUUGAUGUUAGCCCGAUACUGGUGUACAAGUAUAAGAGCAGCGUACAGAUGACGACGCAGAGAGAUCUAGCCGCUUGGUUUGACAAAGAAGAUCCACACGUUCGAGUGACCAAGAAACCCAUCCCACGGGGCAGCGGCCGGGUAGACAUCAAGUCUGAAGACCUUCUGCUUCCCGAGGAGCGAGACGUCAACUUGGGUGCAGCUCAAUCGAACGAGCCGAUAGCUUCUGUGAAGCUUCCGCGUGCGGCGUAUUGGAGCCGAAUGUUGUUUGGAAGCUAUCAGGAUCUUUACAUCGUGUCGCCCGAGACUGGAGGGACCCGGUCGUCGCCAUACGCAAGCGAUGACGAGGGUGAGAGGUCUGCGGACACUUCGUGGCCUGUAAGCCCGGGUCUCUCAGCCGAAUGGCUCGACGAGGAGAAAUCGGAGGAUGGCUUGGCCUCUGAAUCCGCACCUGGGCGUGCAGAUGAGGCGUUGCACGGUCCAAGCGCAACAGAACCGCUGAUCAGUGCGGGCGGUCCAGUAGAAGAGGUGGAAGUAACUCCUUCCAGCGAGGGCGACUCAGAGGAAGUGCAGAUGCCGGGCCCUCCGCAACGUCGGAGAGCCGCUUCCAUGCCUUCAUCUGGAGCUGCUGCGCGUAGGUGGGAAGCCAUGAAAGGACCUCCAAAUCCCGAUUGGCGUGCAGGUGCUCUGAACGAUUAUCCGCAAUACCUGAGGGAUAGCCUGAAGCGCCGAUUAUAA